AGGUCACCGAGCUAUUUCCUUCACGGCGCCGGGCAAAUGGUUUAUAACAGCAACGCCUCCACAUACUGAUACAUACUCAACCAGGUCCAUAAAAUAAACUCGAUUGUUGUGAAUACUUUGUACAUUUCGUCAACACGACCAAUUAAUAUUGCACUCAGCAAGCACAUACUGAGUACAAUCAACCAUGAAGCUCUUAACGAAGGAAGAAGAGGCUGCUCACUACCGAUCGGUCGUCCAAGGAGGCACCGUAGGUACAGCCAUCGGUCUCGUCGGCGGUCUCGCCGGUGUCAUGGCAGCAUCUCGCCGAUUCCAUACAAUCCGCAACCUGACUCUCCCCAUGAAAGCAUUCCUCGUCACAUCCUCUGGCACAUUCGUCGGCAUCAUUGCUGCUGAUCAUGCCUCUCGCCAAUACGAAGCAGAGCGCAACGUCAACAUGCGAUACCUUGAGAACCGUGAAGAACGACUCCGACGCGAAGAACUCGCCCAAAUGUCAUUCUCGAAUCGGCUGACUGCCUGGGCGCGUGAAGAAAAAUACAAAAUUAUUGGUGUGACCUGGAUUGCCUCUAUUAUCGGUAGCUUUGUCUUAGUGGGCCGCAACCCGUAUUUGACGGGCCAGCAGAAGAUUGUCCAGGCUCGUGUGUAUGCGCAGGGUCUUACGCUUGCAGUUAUGUGUGCCAGUGCGGCGUUUGAGAUUCAUGAUCAGCGUAAGGGUCAGGGUCUUCUUGAUACGGCUAAGAAGGGCCGUGAAGCUGCUAAGGAAUCUAGCAUGCCUGAACAUCAGCGACGUGACGAGAAUGCUGACCUGUGGCGGGACAUGGUUGCUGCUGAAGAAGCGAAGCUGAGACAGCGCCACAAGCCGCUGUUCGAGCAUGAGUUGAAGGAGCAGCAAGAAGCUUUGGAGAAUAAGAAAGAAGAGCAGAGCGAAGAGAAGGAAGAAACGGUCGAUGACAACGAGGACAAGAAUAAGGAGACAGAGAAAGGUGAAAGCGAGUAAUUAUUCGCUUAUCGGCAAAAGUUUUGAUAGAAUUCCGAGGCCUUUGCAUGUCAUUAUCUCCUCUCCUGCGAGCACAUUUUCAACUUUAUCACGACUGCAUGGAUAUACAUGGCGUUUGGGGUUUUCGAUCAUUUAGAUUUCGAGAUUGUAAUACCAUAUGUUUUAAUUUUCUAUGGUUGGAAUAGAAAUUCAUUAUCAAACAUGUGCAUUCAAAAAAGCAUGAUUACUA